AAGGUGGCUGCCGAGGUGGGCGGGGAGGUCAGGUGACCCGGCUGGCGUCCCAAGAUGGCGGCAGCGGUGGCGCCUGGGAACCCGCGGCACCGUCCCGGCUGCUGAGGCGGGCCCCGCACGGCUGGUGACGGACGGACCAGGCCGAGGACCGGCGAACGGGCGGCCGCCGCCUCUACGCGCCCCGCGGCCGGGGCUAGGCCGUGCCGCGGCGGCGCUGGGGGAUGCUCGUGCUGGGCCGGGCCUCUCCCUCCUCAACUUAGGGCGGCGGCGGGCCCGCGCCCCUGGCUCCCAGGCCAUGGCGCUGAGGGAGCUCAAAGUGUGUCUGCUGGGGGAUACAGGUGUAGGUAAAUCAAGUAUUGUGUGGCGGUUCGUGGAAGACAGUUUUGACCCGAAUAUCAACCCAACAAUAGGGGCAUCUUUUAUGACCAAGACUGUCCAGUACCAGAAUGAGCUACAUAAAUUCCUAAUCUGGGAUACAGCUGGACAAGAACGAUUUCGUGCCUUAGCGCCAAUGUACUAUCGCGGCUCGGCUGCAGCUAUAAUUGUUUAUGAUAUCACAAAAGAAGAGACGUUUUCAACAUUAAAGAAUUGGGUAAAAGAGCUCCGACAGCACGGCCCCCCCAACAUUGUAGUUGCCAUUGCAGGAAAUAAGUGUGAUCUUAUCGAUGUAAGAGAGGUCAUGGAGAGAGAUGCUAAGGACUACGCCGACUCCAUCCAUGCAAUUUUUGUAGAGACCAGCGCAAAAAACGCGAUAAACAUAAACGAACUCUUUAUAGAAAUUAGUCGAAGAAUUCCAUCCACUGACGCCAACCCGCCUUCCGGUGGAAAGGGCUUCAAACUCCGAAGACAGCCUUCGGAGCCGAAACGGAGCUGCUGCUGACUGAGCCUCGGCCUCCAGGCUCAACGGUGAAGUAGGUGGUCCUGAAAGUUAGCGGGAGGGCUGGAGCCCUGUCGCCAGGGGUCGCCUCGCCGGUCUUGUAUCUUCUUCGGGCAACAAGGAUCCACAGGAAUGGACCGGUUCUGUUUCCUCUUUGGAGACUGCAGCAAUAAUAUUUCAGUCUGUGGACUUCUCUUCUGUAAAGAAUCUCUGAUGUACAAAGGGACUACAUCAUAGGCUUUUGACCUUGCUGAGAAGGAGUGUAUAAUUGUAUGGAUGGUAGGAUUAAAUUGUUGGGUAGUUUUGUAAUCAAGAUUUUAUGUAACAUUUGUAAAGGGAAAAUUAGCACUUUUGUGGUUCUUAAGGGAAGAAAAAGACCUUGUGGAGAUUAUCAUUUCCUCGGUUUCCCAUUGAUACCAAUGAUACCAUUUGGUACCAAUGAUACCAUUUCCUUGGUGUCAUUUAGAAUGUGGUCGGUUAUCAUAAAUGGAGGGAUGGCAGUUAUCAUUAUUUGAAGCUAAAAUGGUUUAUGUAUAAGGGCUGAUGGAGAUGGCUUCACCCCUGCCAUCUCUAAAGCACUUGCCAUCGGGUACAUCAGCCCAGGACAUGCACAGUAAACUCACAGCAGCAGGUGCAUGCCUCACCCGGGGUUUGCACCCUGACCCUGUCACGUGCGUGUCACCAGGCACAUUAUUGGCACCUUUUUAAGGAAGCUGUCACGAUCAAGGUGGUGGUGGUAGAGAAGCUGCCUGGAAUACAUUGAAUCGCAGAUGACUCAGCUGACUAGCAGUGGUUUACAAAGGGAAGGAGAGGGAAAGUAAAGCAAGCGGUGUAAAUGCUGUCAAUCUUUUUAUUUAACCGAGAUACUUUGGUGGGGGAGACAAUGAUCUGUUGCUUAGCCUAUGUAAAGUUGUACUCUAUACUUACAAGACCAUUGCUUACAGAUUAUAAAUUAUGUAAAUACAUUAACAAAUUCUGUGUUUCAUUCGACACUCCAUUUACUCUCACCCUGUGCCCGCCCAUUUCGCAGCCCGUGCACAGGAGGCUCCUUGAAGCACGUUGACAUGGUGCAAAAGCUUAGAGCGCGUGGCUUGUGAUCGGUCAGGAUUUCUCUGCCUUCCCUCCCGCCACCCCCGCCCCUCCAGUCCCAUCUGGAAAUCAGCGUGAAGACGUAUGCCUCUUUGACAAGCCUGACUAGCCCUUCCUAGCGUCGGGGCAAGAGGUUAAGGUCCCGAGCUCUCGGCAUUUACCUACCUGGUCUUGGGGGUAAGUUUCUUUUAGCUUUCACAGCAGCCUCAGGCCAACUGAUUUGAGAGAGCUUUCCUUGUUAACAGUUUAGCCUGUCUUUCCCUUUCCCUUGUUUUCCCCUGCCUCUGUUAGUGGUUAAGGCUCUUUUCCCUCAGGGAGCCUACUGAGGUUUUUAAUGUAAUCUAAAAAUAAAGCACUGAAGUGAAGUUGGUGAAAAUUUGUUCCUGGUCUAAUUUGGCACCCUUCCAACCUGAGUAUUGUAAGGGAAGGAAAUGUACAAGAUUAAAUAGGAAAUGAAACAGUUUGAAUUUCAAACUAAAUUGUGCUUUCAGAGCUAUCCUUAAGCUGAACAGUUGAAACUUUUAAAACUAAUGGUUAUUUCUUUGUGCCCCCCCACUUGAUACGGUUAGGUUGUAAUGGGAAAAUUAUAACUCAGAUUAAGUAAAAGACGAUUCCCUUUCCCCUGGUGUAUGUCUUAAGCAUUUGGAAUUGCUUAUUCUCUUAUCGAAAUCAUACAGAAGGAACGUAGGUAGUGAAAAUUCUAAUGUUGUUUUGUUUAAAAUACGUGUGGACUCUCUGCCCCUGCAGCAUCUAGCUUCCUUCCCAGCGUGAAAUUAGCAAGCUUUCAGAGAGAAUGUGUGAUUCCAAAGGCUGGGCUCUUUACACCUGAAGGUGGCUUGGCUUUGUCUCAUAUACUUCCAAAUGGAUCGGGCCAUCAGGCCACCGCCCUGGUUUGUCCCUAACAUUCCCACUGCUGGGCCUCUAUCUCCAUGACAACAACGUAAAACAAAGGUUGCUGGAUUCACAAAGAGGCGACGCGUGUGUGGCCCUUUCCGUCUUUUUUCACCAAAAGAUGACCCAAAUCUGUGACCUUCACAUGUUUUCAACCAAAACUGUCAGUCAGCGUGGAUGAUUUCAUGGUGUCUGGGUGCACAGGGAAAGGCAAAGCGCCUCGGUGCCUCUCUUAUUGGUAAGGCCUCCGAAUGCCUCUCAUCCUAUUGUGACAUUUACUGCACGGAGCCCAGAACGGGUCCAUCCUUCAGCCCUCCGCAGCCGCCUUCUCAUCCUGAUUUCUCGUUCUCCUUCCCAUGUGUUCCUCAUGCGUUUCAGGCCCUCUCUUGCUCUCAUUUUCCUCAGUCUGUCUCAGAAAUUGCCAUGGCUCUGUUUCUCAUGUGGUGUCUUUUUAAUGCUUAACAAUAACAACUACACAUUGCUUUCUCAGAAUUCAUAAUUCAUACUCGAUGAGAACGGGGGGAAAUGUUUUCAGUUAUCUUGUUUGCUUCUCAAAUGCAAAGAUGAAUAUUCAAGUCAGAAACAGUGUUUUAUUUUGAGCCCACUUUGGAUUAUUCACCUGACUAAAUAGUGAUCUAGUACACGUUUUAUAUAUUCUUUAUUCUUACUUCUUAUUAUAGAAAAUGCUAGAUUGUAAAAGAAUUGAGACAGCCCAUCUAUAACAAUCUUCUUUUGGUUCUCUUAUGACGCAGGGCCAUCUUUAAAAACUUUGGGGACUGAAAAGAGAAAAAUGAUUAAUUAGCUGCAAGUGUAUACUGAUUCCUCUCAGAGAAAUGGAAAUCAGCUCUUUGCAGGUGUCCAAUCUUAGUAACCAUUGGUCUUAAGAACUCUCCUUUCACACAAGUGUUUUUCUGAUUCUGUGAUAACUCAUUAACUGUCAUUUGGUGAUUAAAAGAACAUAAAGUAUGA